AUGCCGAUUGGCACCACGCUCCAGCAAGGACUAGAUGAAUUCGAUGUGAUCGUCGCAGGAGGAGGUAGCGCCGGCUGUGUUGUCGCCGGCCGACUCGCGGCAGCCGACCCGGAUCUCAAGGUCCUGCUCAUCGAGGGAGGCGAAAACAACCAAAGUGUUGAGAAUGUGGUCAACCCAGCUUUCUUUCCACAACAUAUGAUGCCAACUUCAACCACGGCUAUCUUCCACAAGGCCAACAUGUCCAAAGAGCUGGGCCGGCAACCGAUCGUCCAGACGGGUGGCAUACUUGGUGGCGGAAGUAGCGUCAACCUCAUGCUUUACACCCGAGGUCAGCGAUCAGACUACGACUCCUGGAAUAUGCCUGGUUGGUCCACGGACGAACUCAUGCCUUACUUCCAAAAGAUCGAAACUUACCAUGGCCGUGGCCACAAAGCCAUUCAUGGAUACGAGGGUCCUCUCCAGAUCACCAGGGGUCCGUUUCUGGCGACGAACAGCCAAGACGACUUCAUCCAAAGCUGCGAGAAGCAGGGCAUUCCCAAGAAGCCAGACAUGCAAGACUUCGACACGGCCAAUGGCACAGAACGCUGGAUGCGCACAGUGUCGACAGACGGCAAGCGCCAGGAUGCAGCUCAUACCUACAUUCACCCUCUGUUGGCUGAUGGGAAGCAUCCAAAUUUGCACGUCCUCUGCCAGAAGAAAGUUGUGCGUGUACUUUUUGACGGCAAACGUGCCUCAGGGGUCGAAUUCAUCCCGAAUCCCCAGUACCAGCCAACAGAAUCGUUCGCUCCAGUACAACCAGCUCCGCAGGUAGUGCGUGCGCGCAAGCAAGUUGUGCUAUCUGCUGGUGCUCUUGGCACUUCGCCAAUCCUGGAGCGAUCUGGCAUUGGCAGCAAGGCCGUCCUGGAAAAAGCAGGCGUGCCGUUGCUCGUUGACUUGCCCGGCGUCGGACACGACUACCAAGACCACCACCUCUGCUUCUGGGCGUACCGCACCAAUCUCGCGCCGAACGAGACGCUUGACGGGCUCUGGUCAGGACGUUAUCCUGCUGAGAAGGCGUUCGCGAAGAAGGAUCCCAUAUUGGGCUGGAACGCCUGCGACGUGUCUGCCAAAGUCCGCCCGACCGAGUCUGAAGUGGCCAAGCUCAGCUCUAAAUUUCAGGAGCUGUGGAAACGCGAUUGGAGUAAGGUGCCGGACAGACCCGUUGUUAUCUUCACGCUUGUCAGUGCUUUCACAGGAGAUCCGAGCCUCGUCGAGCCUGGCCAGUACGCGUCGAUUGCGUCGUACACCACGUAUCCAUACAGCAGGGGACAUGUCCACAUAAAAGGGCCUAAUUGGCAAGACGAUCUGGACUUCGACGCGGGAUUCUUCAGCGGCGAGAACGGAGACUUCGAUAUUCAGCAACACAUCUGGGCUUACAAGAAGCAGCGCGAGAUCUUGCGGCGAACAUCUCUCUACCGUGGCGAGCUAGAAUUUGGGCAUCCUAAAUUCCCCGACAACAGUGUUGCCAAAGCUGUCAACCUAUCUGGUCAGCAAAAGUCGCUCUCUGAGACUGAAGAGGUGAAGGAUCUGGUCUAUACUGCAGAAGAUGAUGCCGCGAUUGAGCAGCAUCUUCGUGAGAACGUUGCAACGACGUGGCAUUCGCUGGGAACUGCUAAAUUGGCGCCGAGGGACGAGAUGGGCGUCGUUGACGAGGACCUUGAUGUGUAUGGUGUGGGCGGCUUGAAGGUGGCGGAUCUGAGCAUUGUGCCUAAGAAUGUCGCUGCCAAUACGAAUAAUACGGCGUUGAUGAUUGGCGAGAAAUGUGCCAGUCUGAUUUUGGAGGAAUUAGGUCUAAAGGAUGGCGCGAUCUCUUCAUGA